GACGCCUGCGCAGUAAGUUGCGUGGGUGGAUCGUUUCGGCCGAGUUAGUAACGGCGCUGCGCAGCCUGCGGGCGUUACUGUGCCACGCGCCGCCGGGUGGUUAUAUCGAGGCUCAGUUAGCUCUCAGGCCGGCAGCGCAGGUUUGCCUUGGUUCGCCGGACCCAAGGUCUGUGAGCGGCCACGAUGUCGAUCUUCACCCCCACCAACCAGAUCCGCCUGACCAAUGUGGCCGUAGUACGAAUGAAGCGAGCCGGGAAGCGCUUCGAAAUCGCCUGCUACAAAAACAAAGUCGUGGGCUGGCGGAGCGGCGUGGAAAAAGACCUUGAUGAAGUUCUUCAGACCCACUCAGUGUUUGUAAAUGUCUCUAAAGGUCAGGUUGCAAAGAAGGAAGAUCUCAUCAGUGCGUUUGGAACAGAUGACCAGACUGAAAUCUGUAAGCAGAUUUUAACUAAAGGAGAGGUUCAAGUGUCAGAUAAAGAACGGCACACACAGCUGGAGCAGAUGUUUAGGGACAUUGCAACUAUUGUGGCCGACAAAUGUGUGAACCCUGAAACAAAGAGACCGUACACCGUUAUCCUUAUCGAGAGAGCCAUGAAGGACAUCCACUAUUCGGUCAAACCCAACAAGAGUACAAAACAGCAGGCUUUGGAAGUGAUAAAGCAGUUAAAGGAGAAAAUGAAGAUAGAACGUGCUCACAUGAGACUUCGGUUCAUUCUUCCAGUGAAUGAAGGGAAGAAGCUGAAAGAAAAACUCAAGCCACUCAUCAAGGUUAUAGAAAGUGAAGACUAUGGUCAACAGUUAGAUAUUGUGUGUCUCAUCGACCCCGGCUGCUUCCGAGAAAUCGAUGAGCUCGUAAAAAAGGAGACAAAAGGCAAAGGCUCUUUGGAAGUACUCAGUUUGAAAGACGUGGAAGAAGGAGAUGAGAAAUUGGAGUGACAGUCAUCAGUCUCUUCAGCUGUCAAACACUAAAGCGUUUGCGUUUCCCACAGCCCUGUUUUCUUUCUGUGAUCUGCCAAAUACUUGCUCAGAUGAGUUGACACUUUCCAUCUUUGUGGCAAACAUGUACACAAAAAGACUUUCCUACGUAAGUAUUAUAAUGUGGGAUUCAUUUAGUUUUAAUUAUCAAAUAGGGUUUUAGGCAAAAGUGAAAUACAGAGUCCAGAGUAGCAUUUUGUUACUGCCUCAUGCCUUUGAGCUUUCCAGGGUGAAAGUUAUUUGACACAACACUUGUGGAUAAAAAAUAAGUUUUGUACAUUAUAAGAAAACAACUUUGGGAGGAUAUAUCUGUAUGACAGAAAGGGAGGAUUUGCCAAAAAAGAAAAUGUGUAAUGUCUUAUUUCUACUUAAUGAAAUGUGUGUAUAGGGGUAACUGUCUCGUGACCUAAUACAAAGCUUGGAUGAUGACUUCUUGAUUUUCUGAAAAAUAGAUAGAUGAUGACUGUGCAGGACUUCAAUAAUGUUCAUCAAACAUGCUGCCAUAGCCUAGAUUAUUCUUGGUAAAAAAUACAGCCAUUUAUUCUAAUUCUUAAAGUUUAUAAUAUAUAUUACUAGAGUUGAAAAUAUACGUAAUCAAUAAAACCACUGUUUAUUUUUGUUAAACUAUGGCUUGUAUUUCUAGACAGCUUCCUACCUUUUUCUUUUCUCUGCCUCUUGUCUGGUAGGAUGGGAGAGUUCUUAGCAGGAUUAAACAAGUCAGGAGGAGGAGUGCUCAGAACAGGGCCUGUUCUGUUAAAUACCUGAUAAACCUUAGAGAUAUUAUUUGGGAUGUAAUUGAACUUGAGUGUUUUAGUAUUUGAACACUUAAAUAGACAAUGUGCAAGUUUUUUUAAAUCUACUUAUCCUCAAAAGAGAUAGUCUAGAAUACAAAGUAGGGUUUCCCUCAAAAUAAACAUACAGAUGUAUUUUUAUUUUUUAUUAUUAUUAUUUUUUUGUGUGAUACGUGGUCCUCCCACUGCUGCGGCCUCUCCCGUUGCAGAGCACAGGCUCCGGACGCGCAGGCUCAGCGGCCAUGGCUCACGGGCCCAGCCGCUCCGCGGCACGUGGGAUCCUACCGGACCGGGGCACAAACCCGUGUCCCCUGCAUCGGCAGGCGAACUCUCAACCAUCGCGCCACCAGGGAAGGCCCCAUACAGAUGUAUUUUAUGCACAGAAGUUUUUAAGUGAAAAAGAGUUCUAGACUUGAACAGUUCCUGAUUGGUUGAUUGAAGUCAAACAUUUUUCUCAUAGUGUUGGAAGAAAUAUUCUUAAGACACACUUUCUUUAAUGGUGAAAUUAAACUACUGUUCAGAUACAGUCUUCAAGAUGACCCCCUCACUGAUUCCAUUUUACUUACAUAGUUUGUUGUUUUACAAAAAUGAUCUAAACUUGAAGUCCCAGGAAAUUAUUUUAACCAAUGAAGUUUACACUUUAUUUCUAGCUUAAACAGUUAAAGCAACGUUUCAGGUCGAAAGUCAUAAUUACUAAAAAUGUUCAAGAGCUGCAUCUUGAAUAGAAAAAAGAUAAAUGUUACCAUAACAUUGCCUUAAGUUUUUUCCCAUUCUCAUACUCAUUUCUUCUAAAAAGCUGGAACUUCAAGAAUUGUCAAAUGUAAAUCAGAGUCAUGUUUCUGAACCUAUAAAAAAUAAAAAAUUUUCUACCUUAUAUUAAUCUCGUUAUUCAGAAGUGGUUAAAAAGUUUGGUUCAUAAUUAUCUUCCCAGGAGCACUGCUAUAAUGGAUUACCUUAAGGAUUAUCGGUUUAUUUUGCUUUUUCAACGCAAGCUUUAUUGUGUACAUUUGGCCAGAAUGACGUUUCAGAAUUAAACCUCUCUAUUAGCAGAGCUCUUUUCUUUGAAGUUUCCCUUGUACCCAUACACAACUAUUUGUUCCAGCUUAUGUAACCUCAUACCACUUUGAAAUUCCCUGGUUGACCUUGAUUUUUGCCCUACCUUGUGUUAUAGAGAGCUGCUUAAACACCUUCCUGGCACGCUAGAUUGUGAGCAGCUCAAGGGCAGGAGGUUAGCCAGCUGUGUGUAUCCCUCCAUGGUUUGGACCUGGUAGUUGUGGAAUAAGUGUCUGUGGAGUUAUAAGCAUCCUCUCUCGGUGGGGGUCCAUGCCAUCAGAAGUGAGGACAGGUAAUGACUUUUUCAAAUCCAUCUUUAAAGCUUGACAGUUUUUGUCAGCUAAGCCAGAGCCUCCCACCGUUCAUACCCAUGCAUGCUGCUGUGCCGCUGGUGGUUUGUGUCUGCACAGAUCCCCUCAACCCUAAGGGCUUUUAUCUCUGCCUGCAAGCAGCCGCUCACAUUUACCCCAGGGUGUCAUACGCACAUAUUCUGUGGGGCUGUGAUAGGGGAAAUUGGGUAGCAGCACUCAUUAUUGUAAACAGUAGCCACACACAUGAUUUUAACCUGCAUGCUACCCUUAAGCCCACAUCAUGAGGUCCCUAUGAUUUUGGUAGUAGUGCAUUUCCUUAUUUAGAAUUUUUUGUGUACUUGCUCUUAAAUUACUGAAAUUCCAAGGUAUUGAUUAUUUGAAAAUACAUUUCUGCUGCAGCAUAUUAGAGGUGAUCGUGGAUAAAUAGUUUGCCACUAACAGCAUUUAAUGUCUGGGAUGAUGAAGGCCAUUGAUUUUCAUCUCCACAUGUAUAUUAAUGGUACCUACAAAAUUAACGAGUCUAAAUGUAAUUUUAUAGCAGCAACAGUUCUUCUGAGCUAAAAGUAUAGUCCUGACCUAACAGUUUUACAACACUCUGAGCACGUGUACUUGAAUGGCCCAGGGCCCCCUUCCAAACACCCCAGAGGAAGAGUCACCAGUUUCACCAAAUUCCUACAUAUUUUUGGUUGGUAGAGAAUGGAGAUAAAUGGGUUGUGGAAUUGAAAAGAACAGAGUCAUUUUUACUGCAGAGAGGAACAGAGCUGUCUUCUACACUCAGUGCUAUUCAUAUCUUAGGAGAUUUUUCCAUCUGGUGAUACACUCGAAUGCCAAAAGUUUCUUGAGUGGCACUCUUCCUGUGGCAGACGAGCAUAGUUGGCAUACUUUUCAAGGAAAAAGGGCCACAAGCUUAUUUAUUACUGUCGUGCAGAGGUAGGAUCAAGACUAGGAAUCUUGCAUGUAAUCAAGGUAAAAUAGUUUGUGGUUUUACAGUUAAAACUUUGCAGAUUAUAGAAAGAUUUUGGACAUGUAUUGGCAUGACAAAAGGGCAUAAAGAAAGCAUUUCUUAGUGAAAUUUGUAUAAAGAGAUAAUUGUGUAAAACUUGAAUGAUAACCGCCUGAUUUUCUCAGAGAUAUGGUGAUAGUUCAGGUGUUCAAUAAUUGUGUUGAACAUGCUGCCAUAAUUAAGAUUUCAUAAUAGUAUAGAAUAUUAUUUUUUAAAGGGCUCGUCAUCACUGCAUUUGGGAUUUUUCUUUUGAGUAAAAAACAGUUAAAAGGGGCUUCCCUGGUGAUGCAGUGGUUAAGAAUCCGCCUGCCAACGCAGGGAACACGGGUUCGAGCCCUAGUCCAGGAAGAUCCCACAUGCCGCAGAGCAACUAAGCCCGUGCGCCACAACUACUGAGCCUGCGCUCUAGAGCCCGCGAGCCACAACUACUGAGCCCGUGUGCCACAACUACUGACCCUGCACUCGAGCCCACGAGCCACAACUACUGAAGCCCCCGUGCCUAGGGCCCGUGCUCUGCAACAAGAGAAGCCACUGCAAUGAGAAGCCUGUGCACCGCAACAAAGAGUAGCCCCUGCUCGCCGCAACUAGAGAAAGCCCGCGCGCAGCAACAAAGACCCAAUGCAGCCAAAAAUAAUAAAUAAAAUAAAGGAAACUUAGAUUUUAAAGUAAUAAUAAAAUAAAAAUGGACAAGGAAAGCAGAACGAGUGGCUCAGAGAGAAGUAAGGAUGGGAGAAGGGGCAGGAGAGAUUUGAAGCGGGAUACUCCGCCCAGUAUUGCUGGCGUCGAAGAUGGAGGAACGGAACCACAACCCAAACAAUGCAGGCAGCUUCCAGAAACUGGGAAGGACCCUCAGCUGACAGCCAUCAAGGAAAUGGGGGCCUGAAAGGAACUAAAUUCUACCAACAGCCUGAGAUAGUGAGGAAAUGGAUUCUCGCCUAAGAGCUCCCAGGACGGACACAGCCGACCCCGUGAUUUUAGUCCAGUUAGAUCUGAACCCAGCUUCCAACAUACAGAACCAUAAGGUAUCUAUCCUCCAGAAAUAAAUGUAUCUAAAUUCUAAGGAUAUACAUACAGAGAUGUUUUCUGUUUUGGAAGACCUGAAAAUAACCAUCCGUAACACUAUGAAAAACAUUGUUCUGUGUGUCAUCAUCCCAGAUCACAAAGUCGUUUGGGAAGGAUUAUGGUUUUUCCAUUGUUCUUUUGCUUCAGAAGCUAAGGAUCCUUCCCUCCCGCCAUCUGAUUGACACAGAGGGAGACCUGGAGUCCUCGGCUACACACCUGGACCCUCACUCCAGCUGUGCUCCAGGACUCAAAUCCAGGCCCUUUUACACCAGACCUACUCAACAAUCAAACCACGUGGUUAGUGUUCAUGACCCUUCCUGCCUUGAGUCCCAAGACAUCAGAGGACAACUCCUAACAGGUCCACUGAUGACCAAUGACUUGCAAAGCUCUGCCUCUGUCUUUCAGUCUCCAAAGAGAGGCUCUUCAGGUCUGUAUUUCCCAAAUCCACCUUCAUAGAUCCCUUUUCAAAUGAAAAGUCUUCACCAUCAUUUGGGGUUGAAACCUGUUGAGUUUUUGUACAAGGACUGAAAAAGAUAAAGAACGACAGCAAAAAAAAAAAAGAAUUCUUGUUCUGAGUGGAACUUUGCCUAUAUUCAUUCUUCUUUCUUCCCCUCUGAACAUUUUUUGGGGAGCUUUAUAAAUUUAUAAACAAUAGAAGGAAGGAUGUGGAGUAUAGAGUCAGAAAACCCUGACUGUAAUCCCAGCUCUUCCAGUUAACAGCUGUGUGACCUCUGACAAAUCACUUCACCUCUCUGAGCCUUUAUUUCCUCAUCAGUAAAAUGGAGCUGAUAAUGGAUGCAAAGCCUAAACCCAUCCCGGAGCACAUGCACAAUAUAUUGUUUUUAACAUUACUUCAGAGAAGUUUGCUGAUAUACCUUCACGGCCGCAGAACAAGCUGUUGGCUGAGCAAGAAGACAUUGCUGGGGCUUCCCUGGUGGCGCAGUGGUUGAGAGUCCACCUGUCGAUGCAGGGGACACGGGUUCGUGCCCCGGUCCUGGAAGAUCCCACAUGCUGUGGAGCGGCUAGGCCCGUGAGCCAUGGCCGUUGAGCCUGUGCGUCCGGAGCCUGUGCUCCUCAACGGGAGAGGCCACAACAGUGAGAGGCCCGCAUACUGCAAAAAAAGAAGACAUUGCUUUCCUCAGGGGCAGGACAUAGCACCAGGGCCCAGGGUCUAACAUGGGCUUUCUCACCUUUAAAAUGGAGAAAAUACCCUCACCUUUAAAAUAUUCUCACCUUGAAAAGGGAACCCUCCUACGUUUGUGGGAAUGUAAAUUGGUGCAGCCACUAUGGAGAACAGUAUGGAGGUUCCUGAAAAAACUAAAAAUAGAGUUACUAUAUGAUCCUGCUUAUAUCUGGAGAAGACUAUAAUUGGAAAAGAUACAUGCACCCCAGUGUUCAUAGCAGCACUAUAUACAAUAGCCAAGACAUGAAGCAACCUAAAUGUCCAUCAACAGAUGAAUGGAUAAAAAUUAUGUGGUACAUAUAUACAAUGGAAUAUUACUCAGCCAUAAAAAAGAAUGAAAUAAUACCAUUUGCAGCAAUAUGGAUGGACCUAGAGAUGAUCAUACUAAGUGAAAUUCAUUGCAGAAGUUCCAUUUUCUGAUUCCAGCUCCCUUCAAUAAAAAUUAAGUCCUUUUCCAAGGUUUGCAAAUGAUAGUAAGUGUACCCAAAGCUCUUCAGAGAAACUAUUCUGAGCAAUUUCUUUACCAAGUUGUGCCCAAACAAAAUAACAAAUACAGCUAAAUUUUCCCUGCAUGUGUUGGCAAUUCAGUACUUUCCAUUAGUACAAAGCAAAUAGUAAUUGUGUGUCUUGAGUGUUUUUCAGAUAUCAUUUCAUUUCCCUGACUGUCUACAAAGUUCUCCUAUUUUUAUACAUCCUUUACAGAUGGAGAAUGUGAAGUUAAAUAAGGGUCUGGGGGCAGGAUUCCAUUUCAGGGUCCAGGAUUUAGUAUAAGUAUCAGGAUAUUAAUAUUUUAUUUUUAGGACACUCAUUCAGUAAGUGAAGUAGCAGACAUGGGCUAACCAACCAGUUUAUUCACCCUCAAUUGUGAAGAUAAAAAUUUUAACUUCAGCUUUUUUGUGACGUGGUUUAAUAGUGUUGAUCUUAAAAGAGCAAAAGAGCCGCUCAUUUUACCAGCAAGAUUAUGCCAGCCACUUUGGCCAGUUAUCAAGGUCCCUGGGCAUUCCAAGCUUGAUUCCCUGGAGGUUGAAGGAAACCACCUCCCUGAUAUUUCUGAAAAGAAUGCUACUAUCAAAGGAACCAACAACUAAACCUCUGCCGUGUGUUUGGUCAGGCUGUUUUCUUGCUCUUUGUACAUCCUCUGCUUGACCAGCCCCUGCUUCCCCUACACCCUACUUGCUCCCAGCCUCAGCUAGUGAUUGCUAAUCCUUAGGCCAGAACGGCUCCACCUGCUGGUUUAUUAAAGGGAAACACCUGCCCUCAUGAUGGUCAUUAACGUGGGGGGCUGUGAGGGACGUGCCCCAGCUGUUCUCCAUAGUGGCUGCACCAAUUUACAUUCCCUGGCAAGAGUAUGGCAUCUAAUAAUUCCUGAACAUAAGGGCCAUUUUAAAUUUGGUCCCCACUGGAAGUGAGGAAGCCUCACUCUUUCCAUAGCAUUCCAAAGUCAUAAGCUACUCCAAAGCAUAUCUACUGUCUGUAGAGAUAUUUACAGCUUUACCCUCGGCCAAAACGCAGGCCCAAGCAAGAGCGUACAGUUCAGCCUAUUGGGCUGACGUAGCCAAGGACAAAGGUGCUGCCUUGAUGGCUUCAAAAGAGUUACAAGAGCAUACCCAGCAUAAUACUUACCGUGUUCACCUUUUAAAUAAGAACCAUUGGUAAACCCACAAAAAGUCAGUGUUAUCCAAAAGGAGUUCCCUAUAAGUCAUCACGGGUGUCAGGAGGUAAUCUGUCAGAGUCAGUCAUGAGGAAUAUUGUCCAUAGAGGAGGGGAGAAGAGUGGCAGUGUUAAGAUUAUUACAGCGAGAAAGAGCUGUUAGCAAAAGAUUUCACAGGCCAAGCAAGGGCAGUGGGAUUUAUCAAGCUUUUCCAAUUUCAAGAGUAGCCAACUAGCCCAAGCUUAUCUUUGAGUUUGGGGACGUUCAGGAUGCCAUGAAACCUAUUUGGAUCUAAAUGUAACCCUUGUUUUGAGAUCAGGUGCCCCAACUAUGAAAUCUGAGUUUGAACAAACUGCAGUUUUCCCUUGGAGACUUUGUGUCCCUUAAAGGCUAAAAAUUUUAACAGGUAAAUGCUGUCCUGCAAAGAGACCUGAGAAAGGAAGCAGAGAAGCAAGUUGUUUACCUAUUGAAAUAAACUAGAGGAUCCAGGUAACGUUAUAUCAUCCAAAGGGUCAUUGGAUUCACCUUGUAGGCUGUUUUGGUUGCUACUGAAAUAGCACAUAAAACGUCAACUGGCUUAAACUGGUUUUGCUUUCUUAAAACAGGUUGGUGAUUAAUCAGACCUGAAGUUGUUUUAUAGAGACAGCACUGUGCAUGUGCAAGUUGGGAACCCAUGUCUCCAGGAUGAGCCCAGAACCAAAUAUCUUCAGUCUAUGGAACUCAAAGAAUAAAAGUGUUGCCACCAGAGGGCUUUAAGAAGGGAGAGGUCCUAAAAUAAGGAAAAUCUGGCUUCCAGCAGCCUAAGUACCUUGAUUAUCAUAUAUGUACUGAUUUGAGGCUAUCCAAUCAACUUCUGCCAAGUUUGAAAUUCCCCUAACCCCCUAACCCGGGAUCAAGGAGACAGAUUUGAGCCCUGCCUUCUAUCUGCUUGCCGGUCAACCUCACAAUAAAGCUCUUUUUUUUUCAAAA